GGAGACAUAGACUACACACCAUUUCAGACAAAACAGGUGCUCACCGUCACCAUGAGAUGCCGCUUGGUCAAGGCUUGGGUUAUAGCCGCAAGCCUGCCAUUUCCCUGCCUGGCAUUACUCGAAGAAGCCUUCGUGUCGUUCGAGCCUGAUCCUGCCAUCUCGCAAAGGGGUAUUGACAUCGCCAACGCACCAAUUCUCAUUGCCCAAGAUGACUUCAUUGGCGUGCACAUCGCCGCUCGGAGUCUUGCCAACGAUCUCGAAACCAUCACGGGGGCUUCGAGGAGCAUCAGCAACGCGACACUCUCUGAUGUCACAACGACCAAGGAUCAGGACGUCUUCAUUGUCGCAGGGUCCGUGAACUCGUCUCUGAUCCGCGCCCUCUUAGCCGAAGGACAUCUUGACACUUCCGACAUUGAGGGCAAAUGGGAGACGUUUAAAACGACACUGGUGGAACUCCCUCGUCCGAGCAGCGGCCGAGCCUUGGUUAUUGCAGGCAGCGACAAAAGAGGCACCAUCUUCGGCAUUCACACUCUAGCCGAACAAUGCGGGCAAUCCCCCUGGCACUGGUUUGCCGACGUGCCAGCUCAAAAGCACGCACGGAUAUUUGCACUCAACAAGACCACCAUUCACGGAGAGCCCACUGUCAAGUACCGUGGCUUGUUCAUCAACGACGAGGAGCCAGCGCUCAACACCUGGUGGGCUCGUCGCCACAACGCGACACGCUAUCCCCUGAACACAGAGUUCUACGCUCAUGUAUUUGAUCUCAUCCUUCGCCUAAAGGCCAACUACCUCUGGCCUGCCAUGUGGAGUUCCUUCACGCCACCUCCGGGUAACAUCUUCUUCACAGAUGAUCCCGGCAACCAGCAACUCGCCGACGACUACGGCGUGGUCAUCUCGACUUCUCACCACGAGCCCAUGCAAAGAGCCACGAACGAAUGGAAUGUGACCCAAAUGGGGCCAUGGGACUGGUCGAAAAAUAAGGUCAACAUUACCAGGUUCAUGGACGAGGGCAUUGUGAGAGCAGGGAAGAACGAGUCCUACAUCACCAUCGGACUGAGAGGGCUGGGCGACGAGGCGGUCAAGGCCGACAACGCCAUCAAGCUUCUGGAGGACGUGAUUGAAGUCCAGAGAGGCAUCAUCAGGAAAUACCACGGAUCCGAGUCAGCUGUGAGCCAGGUCUGGGCCCUGUACAAAGAGGUGGCCUCGUACUACGACGCCGGCCUGCACCCGCCCGAGGAUAUCACCCUGCUAUUUCCGGACGACAACCAAGGCAACGUCUACCGAUUGCCUAGUAAGAACGAGACCGGGAGACAGGGCGGCACGGGAGUGUACUUUCACUUCGAGUACGUUGGGCUACCGAGGUCUUACAAGUGGCACAACACAAACAACCUGGCCAAGGUUUACAAGGAACUCUCCCACGCCCAUCUUCGCGGGGCGGAUCGGAUUUGGAUCAUGAACGUAGGCGAUCUGAAGCCGAUGGAACUACCCCUGAGUAUGGCCAUGGAUCUCGCCUGGAACGCGCCGAGCAUCAGCUUCGAAACCAUUCCUGCAUACCUCACCCACUACGCAGCACGAGAGUUUGGCGUGUCUCAUGCCAGUGAGAUUGCCGAAAUAUUGAUGGAACACUCCCGCCUCAUCGGUAUGCGAAGAUACGAGCAUCUCACUCCAGCGACCUACUCGACAGUGAAUUUUCACGAAGCGGAGCGGGUCCUGGCAAGGUGGCAGGCGCUUGCUGCUCGAGUACGCACUCUCACAUCUCUGGUCGAUUCCGACCUGCGUCCUGCCUUCUUCCAGCUGGUGAGCCAGCCCGUGCUGUCUGGCGCCGCGGUCCAUGCCGUGGUCAUCAACACGGCAUUCAACUACCGCUACGCCCUCGAGCGCCGCAACUCGGCAAACCUCUUGGCAUCACAGGUUCUUGACGAGUUCGAUGCUGCCUACGACUUGGUUGAAGAGUGGGACGCCAUGCUGGGGGGCAAAUGGGCGGAUAUGAUGUCGCAGGCCGUGUUCGACGCCGUCGAGCAGCCCAAGCGCUGGGCCAGCCCUGCCCGCGACAUUGUCGCCAACCUGUCGUAUGUCCAGCUCCGGCAAAACAUGCAAUUCUCGCUCGGAGACCUCGGGAUCUACGCCGAGGGUUCGUCCAGUCCAAUUCAACAGGGUCGAUGGGCGGAGUCUGUCGAUGCGUCGAUGCCGACAACGAGCUUUGCUCCGGUACUACCGCAGAUGGACCCGUACAGCCCGCAAGUGCGAACCGUUGACGUCUUCAUGCGUGGCGACUAUCGCGUGCCAAUACAUUGGGCGCUUGAUCCGCUCCCCGUUCCGUGGCUGUCCAUCUCGCCCUUGAACGGUACACUCAACAAGGAUCGCCCGGAUGAAAGGUUAAAUGUGACCAUUGACUGGCCGUCGGUCCCGGCAAACUUCAACUCUACCCUUCUUGUGGGAAUCCGCUCGACGCCCGCUCGGUACCCCUACUUUGACCAGAUCCAUAUCCCCGUGCUCAACGUCCGAGCCCCAGACACGUUCGAAGGUUUCCCCGAGUCAGCAGGGCACAUUUCAAUAGAGGCGCCGCACUUCUCUGAGAAGUCAACUCCAGGAGAGAGCAGUGACAACACAAACGUUAGUAGCCCCGUUGUUUUCACCCACAUACCCAACCUCGGAACGCGAAGCGAGUCCGGCUCCGUCGCCCUCCGCCCGUUCCUCGCCGCAAGGGACAGCAUCGAGCAGGCCAAGGCCGCAAAAGCGGUGUAUCCCAUCUUCCUCUUCAGCUCGUCCACCGACCUGACGGCAACAGUCUACAUCAACGGGGGGUUGGACACGGAUCCGGGCUUGAAGAUGGAAUUCUCUUUGACGCUGGACAAUAAUCCCGCAAACUUCACCAGGGUGCUGGGAGACUAUGUCGAUGUGCCGAGUGCCGGGGCCAUGCCGCCCGAGUGGUCGAACCAGGUGGCCGAUCAGGUUUGGACAAAGACGGUGAGAUUGGGGAGGGUGGAAGCGGGUGCGCAUGAGCUCAUGUGGAGGGUUAACUCACCAGAGGUAUAUAUUGAGAAGAUUGUGGUUGAUACAGGGGGGAAGGUUGCGGCGAGCUAUAUGGGACCGCCUGAAACGCCUCGAGUCCCCAAGAAACCCUCGCACAUGAUGGCCUAAACCACCAGACCUAUGUACCUAGACACCAUGUUUAGUUACAGCCGCAGCCAAAUUAUGUCAAUGCAGCAC